AUGAUAGAAAUUCCACAUUCAGAAAAUAAGCAAAUACCAUUAUGGAUCUUCAAGAGUCUUCAAGUAUUGGAACUAUUCAAGAUGCUUCGCGAGGAAGUUAACUCUUUUGAUGGCCAAUUAAGUUUAACGUCAAAACCAAAAGGUAAUGACAAUAAAAUUUUAGAUGAUUUUAUUGAACAAUGCUUUGAUAAUGCCUCAAAUGACAUUAACUCUCCGUUAUCUUCGUUCUUAGAGCAAAUAGAUUAAGAUCACUAUACUACAAAGAGAGGCAACGGAUGCUCUUUUUAAAAUGGUCUUAAAGUUUUUAAGUGUAAGGAAUGUUAAGCAGAUUUCUCUACCCCAUAAAAGUUAGGAACCCACACCUCGAAAAUGCACCUUAGUGUUGAAAGAAAAAAGAAAUAGAUCAAAAAAAUUUGA